AACACAAUGCGGCACUCUUAAGAUAUACGAAUCCUUCGCGGGUGAAAUUAAAAUGGCGCGCCGAAGCACUGGCUUCGUAAGUAAAAAGCCACACCGCAAGUCAAGAGGGGGGUGUCUCACGUGUAAGAAGAAAAAAGUUAAGUGUGAUGAAAGCCAACCAAACUGCGAAUAUUGCACGUUGAGAAGAUUGAAGUGUGAAUAUCCACAGGACUCCUGGCCGACACCGAGAAGUUCUUCGAGUUCAACACCCAGUCAUGAAUCUCCAGAUACCAAACCCAGCGCAGUACACUCGCCAGACUUCAACAGUCCCUCUUUCGAAUGGCUUGUGCCCUCAUUUCAAACCUCCAUAGGAGAUUUCACACCUCUUGACCACCACCUAUUACAGUACUACAAAGCCAACGUCUGGCGUGGUUUCGUAAUAAGCGGCGACACCAUCGUAAAAACCCUCCACAGAGACAUCGUCCCGCGACUAAGCAUCUCACAUCCCUUCCUCCUAUACGCAAUCCUCAGCAUCGCCGCUACACACAGUAAUCUGCAGAGCCCAGACCCAGAAGUAGAGAGACAAAGCCUACUAUACCGACAAAAGACAUUCAAAUGCUAUCAAUCAGCAUUAAAAGACAUCACAGCCGAAAACUACGAGGCCGUCCUCGUUACCGGCACCUUCCUCCUCGCUCUCGUACCUCCACCGGUUUCAGACCAAGACUCCGAGUAUCUAGAUUGGAUACUCGCGCUCUUAAAACUCAGCGAGGGGCUUCGCGUGCUGGCUUCGCUCCGCUGGGGUCAAGGUAUUGAGAAACUUUCCGUAUAUCCGUUGGUACGCCGCGAACUGCGCACUUUGCCGCCCCCUCCUCUUAUCGUCGUGCCCAUGGAGAAAGCGGGUGUGGUGGCGCCUAUAGCUUCCACAGCAAACCCGCCUUUUUUUGCCACCGCCUCUCAUGGAGCUCCUGCAGGGUGUGCUUCAGACCAGCUGUUCGGGACCGGUUGA